AUGGUACAGUUCGGGCGGAAUACCAACCCAGGCACGACACUUUUGGCAAGCUCCUUUUUGAUGGAGGAACUUCCCAUCCGUUUUGCGCAUCGUGUUAAGGAGCUGCAUGAACUCCCGGUUGAUCUGGCCAAGACGCCGUCAAUUGUCAAAGUGAAGAAUUGGUAUGCACAGUCUUUCGAGGAGCUGGUCGACUUUCCAGCGCCACGCCUGCCUGAAGCGCUUCAACGCAAGCUAUCGAAAUUGAUCACUGUAGAGACCGAGCGAGACAGCGUUCCUUCUGUUCCAAACCCUAGUCUUCAGAGCGACGCACAGCUGGAGGACGGUGUCUCCAAAACGCACUUGGACUCAAAUGGCCAGGCACAAGGAUGCGCUAUCAAAGGGCGCCCUAUUUUGAAUUACGGCUUGCAGACGAAACUGCUAGAUGAUAUCAAAUGGCCACAAGAGGUAUUGGAUUACGAUACACGGUUUACACAAUGCCUCGAGCGCAUAAAACGACGACACGAUGCGGUGGUGACGACGGUGGCGCAAGGUGUAUUGGAAUACAAGCGUGCCAAGCAUAGGAGCGGCAUCGAAGUAGAUGUGCAGCAGUUUCUCGACCGGUUUUACAUGUCGCGGAUCGGGAUUCGUAUGCUCAUUGGCCAGCACAUCGCCUUGGGCCGUGAGAACAUGAACAAGCGGCAAGAUGCACUGGGAAGGAUUGCGGCAAAUGCAGUGAACAGAUCCCUCGCUGGUACUGUGGUUAGCGAUGCGAGUGGUCGCAGUCCCGAGGAAUACGUCGGCAUCAUAUGCACAAACACCAAUGUCGGCGCCGUGGCGCACGAAGCGAUUGAAAACGCGCGCUUUGUCUGCGAAGAGUACUACGGUCUGUUCCGCGCGCCACCAGUUCAGCUCGUGUGUCCAUCGAACUUGACGUUUAUGUACGUGCCGAGCCACCUGAACCAUAUGCUCUUUGAACUGCUGAAAAAUUCACUGCGCGCAGUUGUGGAGCGGUACGGCACUGAGAAUGAAGACAACUUCCCGACGACCAAGGUGAUCGUCAUUGAAGGGAAGGAGGAUAUUACGAUUAAGAUUAGCGACGAGGGCGGCGGCAUCCCGCGCAGCGAGGUGCCUAUGGCAUGGACGUACAUGUACACGACAGCGACCUCGGACGAUUUGGACCCCGACUUUCAGUCGUCUGAUUUCCAUGCACCCAUGGCUGGGUUCGGCUACGGACUUCCACUUGCGCGGCUCUAUGCGCGCUACUUUGGCGGCGAUUUGAAAUUGAUAUCCAUGGAAGGCUACGGCACCGAUGUAUACCUGCACCUAAAUCGCCUCUCCUCGACGACCGAGCCUCUGCCAUGA